CCUAGCGGCACUCCUUCCCGGAAGCAGCUGUUCACACCAUCAUGGCGGCGGUGGUGCUGCUGCUGCGGGAAAUCUCAAUGACAAGGGCUGCGGCGAGACACCUGCUGCGUGGGGGAGGCAGAGGAAAAAGGAGUGAAGCUGUCCUCGGCAUUGGGGCCAGGCCUUUGAAGACUUCCACGUGGCCGCUGGCACAGGACCAAACCCAAGAUACACAACUUAUCACAGUUGAUCAAAAAUUGGACAUUAGCCCUCUAACUGGUGUUCCGGAGGAGCAUAUUAAAACAAGAAAAGCGUAUAUUUUUGUUCCAGCCCGUAAUGCCAUGCAAGCUGGGGUUAAUAACACAAAAAAAUGGAAAAUGGAAUUUGACACAAGGGAGCGUUGGGAAAACCCACUGAUGGGUUGGGCAUCUUCAGCGGAUCCUCUGUCCAAUAUCCAGCUAACUUUCUCUACAAAAGAAGAUGCUAUUGCAUUUGCUGAAAAAAAUGGAUCCUCUGCUACCAGGCAUAUUUUCAAAACUUGGCUUGACAUCUGAUAGAGAGGUAUGAAUGCAUAAGAUUACAGCCUUCAUGUGUCAACUGUCGGUCCUGGUCCAUCAGCAGGAGCGGUGAAAGUUGGAACACACAGUUAAUGAGAUCUGACAAACCUGAGAACAGGUGUAGGUCACAUUUAAGGCAUAUCUGUCUUAAAGGAUUAUUGUUCACUGCCUUUUGCAAAAGAAUAAACUAGUAAUUGCAUAUUGUGUAUCAAAUAUGUUGGUAUUUCUUUUCUGUUAGCUCUUAAAAGUUUGAAGUUACUUUUGUUUGUGUUGCACUUGCUCACUAUCACCAACUAUA